GAUGAGCAGAAAUCUGAGGCUCGCAGACUGAACACAUCCAAAUGAUGCUGCCCGCAAAAAGGGAUUAAACUCCGGAUCCCCGGUGGAUAACGCAGAUUUGCCAGGGGGGGUUUGGUGGAAGGGAGACAUGCCGUCGCUGAGCAUCCGCCGCACCGCCUGAGCGACCAUGAUGAAGACGGAAUCCACAUCCAAGAGCGCCGGCUCCGGCUCCGGCUCCGGCUCCACGCUCCGGAGCCCAUCCCCGCACAGAAACGCGUACGAGGCGGGGAUGCAGGCCCUGAAGCCCGUCAAGGACCUGGCCGCCAACGGGGCCCUGCAGGAGGGGCCCCGGGGCCGCCGCUACGGCUCCAACGUGCACCGCAUCAAGAACAUGUUCCAGCAGAUGCAGAGCAGCCCGGACACCGAGGGGGAGGACGGCGGCAGGGUGCGCCUGUCCCUGCCCAGGGCCGGCAGCCUCAACGAGAACGUGGACCACAGCGCCCUGCUCAAACUGGGCUCCUCCGUGUCCGAGCGGGUCAGCAGGUUCGACCCCAAGCCCGAGAACGGACACCAGCGAGCAUCCUCGCCCAGCUACUCCAAGCUGCAGGAGACCCGGCGCAUCUUCGAGCAGCAGCAGCUGCAGCAGCUGCAGCAGCUGCAGGACCGGCAGCAGCUGCAGCUGCAGCAGGAGCUGCAGCAGCAGGACAAGCUGCAGCUGCUGCAGGAGGAGAAGCUGCAGGACAGACAGCUGCAGCAGCAGGACAGACAGCUGCAGGAGCUGCAGCAGCAGGAGAAGCUGCAGCAUCAUCUGCAGCAGCACCAGGAGAAGCUGGCCACCACCAGGGUCCUGCUGAAGGCCGACAAGCCCCCGGGCUACCAGGACGGCAGGCUGGACGUGUCCCGCUUCAACGGCAGCACCGAGUCCCUGGACAGCCUGGACACCAGCGAGGCGGUGUCCCCCACCGUCAGCCAGCUCAGUGCCGUGUUCGAGAGGGCGGCCGAGCUCCGGAACAACCUCCACCGCCUCUCCUCCACGCCGCCGCUCCCCUCACGGGGGGUCAGCACCAAGGUGGGGGUGUUAAACUCCAAGAUAAUCACCAAGAGGGUCAGUGCCUUCGCAUCAGGCCGGGAGGAAGAGAUAAGCAGUCAUAAGGGCCAGGAGACGCCUCCGAGGGGCACCAGAGGAAGGGUGACUCCCCCGUCCGAGAGUAUUAAUAGGGACCAGAGUGCUGGCCAGGGCGCCCCAGCUGAUAAACUUUCAAGUAAAGGAGGAGAGUCGAAUGAACAGAAAGAAAAGACUGUUUCUGACGCCGGUGUUGAGGCCAGGGCUGAUGUUUUUCCAGAGGAUCACUCUGUGGCCAAGGAGUCCGGCAGCACAACCCUGCAGGGUGACAGCCAGGGGUCUGUGGAGAAUGGAGAGACUGUAAAACAGAAGCAAGGCUACCCUGAGGGGGGCGAGUGGCAGAAGGACAUCCAGGAGGACGAAGGGCGGAUUUUCAGAGACGACCACUCGGGCCUCGACUCUUUGGAUACCAGUACCUGUGGUGCAGAGGGAGACGACUUUGGGGGAAGCCAGAGGGACGAGGACGAGGAGGAUGAAGAGGACGACCGGUACGAGCCCGAGUCCAGCUGCAUGGAGAUCUCCGGGCUGCCUGCAGAAGAGGAGCCGCCCCCUUCCAGGAAGAUCCGCUUCAGCAUAGACCCCAUCAAGGUGUUUGCCACCUAUCCCAACGAGGACUACGACAGACGCAACGAAGAUGUGGAUCCCAUGGCGGCGUCGGCCGAGUACGAGCUGGAGAAGAGGGUGGAGCGGCUGGACCUGUUUCCUGUGGAGCUGGAGAAAGACGGGGACGGCCUGGGCAUCAGCAUCAUCGGCAUGGGCGCGGGCGCUGACAUGGGCCUGGAGAAACUGGGCAUCUUCGUCAAGACGGUCACGGACGGAGGAGCAGCUCACAGGGACGGCAGGAUCCAGGUGAACGACCUGAUUGUGGAGGUGGACGGGACCAGCCUGGUGGGAGUCACUCAAAGCUUCGCCGCCUCUGUGCUCAGGAACACCUCAGGAACCGUCAAGUUUGUGAUUGGGCGAGAGAAGCCGGGCGAGCAGAGCGAGGUGGCCCAGCUCAUCCAGCAGACGCUGGAGCAGGAGCGCUGGCAGAGGGAGAUGAUGGAGCAGCGCUACAACCAGUACAUGGAUGAACAGGAGGGCGGUGAAUAUGGCACAGAUGAGGAGGAGGACGAUGAUGAAGAGGCCAGUCCGCCGUAUCCCAGCGCCAUCGAGGUGUUUGACUUGGCAGAGAACGAGGACAUGUCUCCUCUGGAGACGGACCCUGAGAAGCUGGCGCACAAAUACAAGGAGCUCCAAAUUAAACACGCUGUGACUCAAGCGGAGAUCCAGCAGCUGAAGAGAAAGCUGCACCACGCGGAGCAGGACAAGCAGCGCUGGCGUAUGGAUAAAGCCCAGCUGGAGCAGACCCUGCAGGAGAACAAGGAGCGGAUGGAGAAGCUGGAGGGCUACUGGAUGGAGGCUCAGAGCCUGUGCCAGGCGGUGGACGAGCACCUCAAGGAGACGCAGGCCCAGUACCAGGCGCUGGAACGCAAAUACAGCAAAGCCAAACGCCUGAUCAAGGAGUAUCAGCAGAAGGAGAUUGAGUACCUGAAGAAGGAGACUCAGCGUUGUGCACAAGCUGGAGCUGAAGCCUCUCUCCUGAAGGAGGAGUCGGGACAACUGGAGGAACAGGUGGCUGACCUGGAGUGCAGGGUGGAGGAGCUGAAAUCUGAACCUUUAUAGAAGCCUUUUCCCUCUAAACAUGUAAUACUUCACCUGGAGGAGGAGUGUUACUGUGCUCAGAAUGAACUGCAGGGUAUCUCUCGUCCCCCACCAUGAGCUUGGUCGCGUUCGUCCUCAGGCCUCGUGUUUCAGUCACUUAACCCUUUAUAACCCUGUUUUUCUGUUGACAUUUACGGGAACGGGAAGACGCGUCAUCAUUCCAAACACGGACUCUCCUGACGGACCGUUCUUUCCUACUCAGACUUCAGUAUUUUACUCUUUUAAUUUGUUGUUUCGUGACGGACCAAGCUGUUGCUUUGAAUUGCCAAAAAGAAAAAAGAAAACACAACAAAAAAAACUAAAUCCUCUUUCUUUUGCCUAAUUCUGUGAUUUUUCUUUAUUUCUUUUCUCGUUUGUACAGAUGUGAUACUGUGUGGUUUAACAAUCAAGUUUGGUUUGUAAAAAAACAAAACAAAAAACUUUUAACGUGUAAAACAUUUAACAUUAAUAUAAACUAAUGAACAUGAGGGUUUGUUGUAUAUUUGAUGUGAUGGGAGGUUUGAAGCGGAGGGACUAUUGCACUGGAAGAGACGCGGCACAUCGCAGCGGCGGAGGAAUCAGCGGAGGAAUCAGCGGGAGUGACGCGUCUUCAACGCUGUUACCCAGCAUUCAUAGGGAACUCACAAAACCUGGAGAACCACGUGUUGCCUACCUUUCAGAAGUGUUUGUUUAUUUUUUACUCAUUAGAACUCGUCAAUAACCGACCAACCCCUUUGGUUUCAUCACUUGCAUCUUUAAAAAAAAGAAAAAAAAAAAAAGUAAAAAAAAAAAAGGACCACAGAAACGAGCCUCCACAACUGCUGCUCCACCAACAACGACCCCUCCCGCCCGUCAAGUGGAUGUUGUUACGGACUUGUAUAAUCGAUAUUAGCUAGGACUACUGAUGAACGAACCGCUACAGGAGUGAGGAGUUUGUAUGGAAGAGUAUUAGGGCCGUGCAGGAGAAAAAAUAUUUGAGGGGAAGAUUUUUUUUAUUUUGCACUUCGAGAAAAGUCAAAAUGUCGAGAUUAAUGUUGAAAUACAAUUUCGAGAAAAAAUUCAAAAUGUCGAGAUUAAUGCUGAAAUACAAUUUCAAGAAUAGUCGAAAUUUCGUGAAUAAAGUCAAUUUCGCCUUUUUUCUCAACAUUUCAACUAUUCACGAAAUUUCGCCUUUUCUCAACAUUUCAACUUUUUUCUCAACAUUUCAACUUUAUUCACGAAAUUUUGACUUUUUUCUCAACAUUUACAUUUUUUUUAUCAUAAUUGUACUUCAACAUUAAUCUUGACAUUUUGACUUUUUAUUCAACAUUUCGACUUUUUUUCUCAAAGUGCAUAAUGAAAAAAAAAUCUUCCUCUUCUAAAAUAUUUGUAUUUUUCUCCUGCCUGGCCCUCACACUCUUCCGUAGGUUUGAAGGAGAAGUUACCAGCAGCACAUUUUUCGUCUUGUACCAGCAGCUGCUCUCGACAUGGCUGAGAGAGACACGAGGAAUCACUGCCGGCUCUCCGCCCGCUUCAGUUUACACGUAGCUGCAACCAGUCGACCCGUGUUACUGUACGUUUGUAUCAUUCAGGUCUGACUGACUGCAAAGUUUUCAUUUUAUGUAAUAUUUAUAAUAUAGUCAAUAAGGCCACGUGAGCUAACAAGGACAAAAACGAGAAAAGCAAACAAAAAAAAUUGAUGAAAGCGGUGCAAAAAGGGUCAAAUAGUCAGUUAGACUGUGUCAUGUAAAAAGUAGCUCUGGAUGACUAAAAAAACAAAACAAUUAAAAUAUUUAAAAUCUAGGAUUACUUAAUUAAAAAACAGGCAUGGUUGUGACUAUUUUCAUAAUAUUAAGGCUUGUACAGUGCACAUGCUUUGCAUUGUAUGUUUUGUGGAAUAAAUGGUCAA